AUGUCGCUAAGUUAACUGUCAAGCAAACAAGGCAUAAAUUAUGCAAAACUCAGACAUAAGAAAUCUCCAAAUGAUUAAUAGUCAUUUGGUUUAUCUGAAUACUUUAAUAAGGAUAAUUAAUUCAACUAGGGAACUUUUUAAUAAAGAAGAAAACCGAGUCUAGACUCUAAGAGUCAAAGAGCAAAAUCGUCUCUUGAAAAUAAUUAAAAUUCCUAUCGUCAAAUUACAUUGUUGCAUGAUAGAGAAGAAUUGGAUGAAGACAAAUUAUUUGACCAAUUUUUUAAACUAAAUAACUCCAGAACUGAUUAUAUGAAGGAACCUAUUUAAAGGGAUACAGCCAAAAAAUAUCAUGAUGAGAGAGAAUUUCUAAAUUUUGUUGAAAAUGCUAUUGAAUAUCAUAAAUAAUCAGAGGUUAGAUCUUUUAGACCUUCUACAAAUAAUAAAUGUACUCAUCUUGAAAAGAAAUUAAAAGAGGCAACCUUAUCAAAUAGAGUACUAGCAAAUUAAUUAAACCAAUAAAAAUAAAAGGAAAUUGAACUCAAACAUAGGAUGAAAUUGAUGCAUAAAGAGUUUUCCAUUUAAUUUAGUAGAUUAAUACAAUAAAAUACAUGGUUAUAAGAGCUAUUGGCUAAAUAAAAAAUAGAUAAUUAGAAUUCAUUAUUGGCUGUGAAAAAAGCAGUUGAAAUGCUUUAAAUUAAGUGCAAAUGUUAAAAAGGGAAUUAAUUGUGCGAUAAGAUCCUAAGAGAUGUAAAGAAUUAGGAAAAAAUACGCUUACAGUAUGAUUGGGAAUAAGAUUCUUAGAAUAUUUAAUCUUCAUCAGAAUUAAAUCAUGAUACUCAUGAAGAUGAAUAAACAAAUGAAAUAAAUUUUUAAUUAUAUGAAAAAAACAGAAGGAAAUCAAUUUCUAAGGUUUAACAUAAUUCAAUUCAAUCAACUGAAGACCAAUAGGAUUAGUUAGUUCAGAGUUACAUUCAAGGUACGACCAAAAACUUGAGAGAAUAUCCGAAAGAUUUAUAUUAAAAGAAAAGACAAUAUUAAGAAACUUGUUAUAUAGAGGAAGAAAAUACAAUCAGUAGUAAUUGA